UUUCCCGUCGGGCGCCGGGCGGCGUCCCCUAAUUUCUCCCACACGGCGGAGGCAUUUGCCAAGAUGGCGGCCUGGGGACGGAGGCGCGCGGGGCCCGGCAGCGGAGGCAGCGCAGGAGCCGCGCUCGGGGCGGGAGGCGCGCUCGCGGCCCGGGAGAGGGCCAGCCUCUCUGCCACAGACUGUUAUAUUGUCCAUGAAAUCUAUAACGGGGAGAAUGCUCAGGACCAGUUUGAAUACGAGCUCGAGCAAGCCUUGGAGGCCCAGUACAAAUACAUUGUGAUUGAGCCGACGCGCAUUGGCGACGAGACGGCCCGCUGGAUCACGGUGGGGAACUGCCUGCACAAGACCUCGGUGCUGGCGGGCACGGCCUGCCUGUUCACCCCGCUGGCGCUCCCGGCCGACUACUCCCAUUACAUCUCGGUGCCGGCGGGCGUGCUGAGCAUAGCCUGCUGCACCCUGUACGGGAUCUCCUGGCAGUUCGACCCCUGCUGCAAGUACCAAGUGGAGUACAACGCGUACAAACUCUCUCGCCUGCCGCUGCAUACGCUCACCUCCUCCACUCCCGUGGUCCUGGUGAGGAAGGAUGACCUGCACAGAAAGAGACUGCAUAAUACGAUAGCACUGGCGGCCCUGGUGUACUGUGUAAAGAAGAUUUAUGAACUCUACGCAGUAUGAUUGCGGCAGGGGAAGGAGAAACAACCUGCAAAGACAGAACAAAAAAACAAAAACAAGUGUAUUAAGGACUCCCACAGUUAACAUUCAACUUUUCCUCUUGAAGUGGCGGUGCCUGGGAAAGCAGUCUGGUUCAUCCAUAUAUUUUUUCUUUCCUCCUUCUGGUUAUUUUCUAAAAUAACACACAUGUCACUGGGUGCAUCAAGGGAUGUUUUUUUCCAGUUCUUUCCUACACCUCAAGACAUGGAUCUGCAGUGAAAUGGGACGCUGUGGGAGCCAAAGUCAGCAAAGGAAUGUCAAUGAAAGGAAGCGAUACACAGGUGGGGACGGGGUGUUAGCUUAUUUUUUUUCUUUUUGAAAAAACCUUUUAAGUAUAUUGUUUAAUUGUAUUUUACAGAAGCAGCUCAAAAUAUCACUGACCAUUCAUUAAAGGACGAGAAUUUCAAAA